AUGGACGAUUUCAAGAGAGUUGGAACUAUUGUUUUCUCAGAGUUGCUAUGUCUCAGUGUUCUAGUUAUUACUACUAGCUUUUGCAACGCGAUCUCGGAUGCUGCUUGUCUUGAAAGUGAGAGGCAAGCUCUUCUGAGGUUCAAACAAGGCCUGAUAGAUCCUUCUGACCUGCUUGCGUCUUGGAGCAAUGGGGGGGAUUGUUGUGACUGGACCAGAGUCAUAUGUGACAACUUAACUGGUCAUGUCGUUGAGCUUCAUCUUGGGAAUAUCCAUGAUCCAAAUUAUGAUGUAGUCGUCCCAGGCAAGGCUUUCGAGCGAUCUAGAUUGAGUGGCAAGUUAGAUUCUUCUUUGCUUGAUCUGAAACAUUUGCAGUACUUGGACCUCAGUGGCAACAAUUUUGGAGGACAAAUUCCUGGAUUCCUUGGUUCCUUGCAGAGUCUCAGAUAUCUCAAUCUCUCUACAGCUGGAUUUGAGGGACUGAUUCCCCCUCAACUUGGAAACCUUACAAAUCUGCGGUAUCUUGAUCUCCAUGAUCCUUUAUCUGUAUUUUUGUAUGCAGAGAAUCUUCAAUGGCUUACCAGUCUUGCGCGGCUGCAACUCCUUGACUUGAGUGGCAUCAGUAUCAGCAAAGCCACUGAUUGGUUACAGGUGACUAAUUCGCUCCCUUCAUUGAUUGUCUUACGCCUAUCAUAUUGCCAACUUGAUCCCGCUCCCCCUCUAAGAAAUGUUAAUUUUUCAUCUCUGGGCACUCUCGACCUUUCCUACAAUAAAUUCAGCAACUCCAUUUUUAGCUGGAUUUUUGGCCUUAAUUCUCUUGUUUCACUUGAUCUUAGUCAAAAUAGUUUUCAGGGUCAUUUCCCUCAUGGUCUAAGAAACAUGAGCUCUCUUAGAUAUCUCAGCUUAGCAAGUAACCAAUUCAAUUCGUCAAUACCCAAUUGGUUGUACGGUUUGAACCAUCUUCAGUACCUCGAUCUUGGAUUUAAUAACUUGCAAGGCACAAUCUCAGAGGAUGUGGGAAACUUGACUUCAGCCAUCAGCCUCGACUUCGCAUACAGUAAGCUUGCAGGAGCAGCUUUAAGAUCCUUGGGAAACCUUUGCAGCUUGAGAACUCUCGUUCUGUCUGGUGUCAGAUUGAGUCAAAACAUAUCAGAAGUCUUAGACUCUCUGUCAGGAUGCCUCUCUGAUAGGCUUGAGUCCUUGUUUCUGGCUAAGUGUGAACUUUCCGGUCAUGUUAACAAUCAACUUGGCCGAUUCAAAAGUCUACGUGACCUUUACAUGUCGAAAAAUUCUAUUUCUGGUCCAUUUCCUGACUCAAUAAGAUCACUUACAUCCUUGAAGGCGGUAGACCUCUCUGAAAAUCUAUUGAACGGGACUUUUCCAGAAUGGCUUGGCCAGCUUAGGGAAUUGGAAAUUUUGUGGAUUGGUAAAAAUCUUCUACAGGGUGUCGUUUCUGAGGUUCACUUUUCAAAUGUCACGAGAUUGAGGUUACUUCAGGCUUCAGGAAAUCAAUUCAGUUUGAAAGUGAGUCCUGGUUGGGUUCCCCCUUUCCAACUAGGGGUCAUAGCUUUGUCAUCAUGGAAUUUAGGACCGAGCUUUCCACAUUGGCUUCGCUUCCAAAAGGAUUUUGUGUUUUUGGACAUAUCUGUUUCCGGAAUCGUAGAUACAAUUCCUGACUGGUUUUGGAAUUUGUCUACCCAGUUCUUUUAUUUGAAUCUUUCUCACAAUCAAAUCCAAGGGAAAAUUCCUGAGAAACUCAACACAAGUCCUCCACUUACUUAUCCUUCAUCUAUUGACCUGAAUUCUAAUUACUUUGAGGGUUCAUUGCCUUGUUUGCCUUCGAAUGUUGAUACAUUAGAUCUUUCAAACAAUUCAUUUUCAGGGCCAAUUUCUCCCUUCUUGUGUUGCAAGAUGGAUGAACCAAAGAACUUGGGAAAUCUUCGUUUAGCUGACAAUCAUCUAUCCGGACCAAUUCCUGACUGUUGGAUGAGUUGGCCAAGCGUGUUUUCCAUAAAUUUAAAAAAUAAUAAUCUAAGUGGUAGCCUUCCCAACUCAAUGGGUUCUUUAAGCUUGCUUCAGUCUUUGCACCUUCGCAAGAACAACCUCUCCGGAGUUUUGCCGCCGUCGCUGCAAAAUUGUUCGUCGUUGUUGGCUCUUGACCUCAGUGAAAAUAAAUUUGAGGGGAGCAUACCCAGCUGGAUUGGUGAAAAGCUUUCAAAUAUCAUGAUUGUUAGCCUUCGUUCAAAUAAUUUUCAAGGUGAUAUUCCUCAUAAGCUCUGUGCUCUUAGUUAUCUUACAAUUUUAGACCUGGCACAUAACAAUCUGUCAGGAAAGAUACCGAAAUGUUUCACUAAUUUCAGUGCCAUGGCCAGUAAACGGAACUCAAGUGAUCCCAUUUCUUAUGCUUUUGGUCAUUUUAAAAGCUCCAUAGAGACAACAUUAGUGGUGAUUAAGGGAAUAUUGCUUGAAUACAGUAGCACCCUUCGACUUGUGACAAGCAUGGACCUUUCAGAUAACAAUUUAUCUGGUGAAAUUCCAGCGGAAAUUACUAAUCUUUUCGGGUUGAGGUCACUAAACCUGUCUACAAAUGGUUUAACAGGAAGGAUUCCUGAGACCAUAGGCAAUAUGGGGACACUAGAAUCUCUUGACUUCUCUUUCAACCAACUCUCGGGUGCAAUUCCUCCAAGCAUAUCAAAUUUGACAUUCCUGAGUUACUUUCAUGUGGCUUACAACAAUUUGUCGGGGAAAAUUCCAUUAAGCACUCAACUCCAAAGUUUUGAUGCAUUAAACUUUGCGGGAAACAAUCUUUGUGGACCUCCACUCACGGACAAUUGCAGCAUAAAUGGUGUUACACCUGGUCCUGAAAACAGAGAGGAUUCAGGAGAUGGGUUUGAAGUGGAUUGGGUUUGGUUCUCUGUGAGUAUGGCACUGGGAUUUGUUGUUGCAUUUUGGAGUUUUGCAGGUCCCUUGCUGUUUAACAGAUCAUGGAGAUCCUCCUAUUUCCAUAUGCUGGACAGCAUGGGGAAGAAGAUUCGGGGUGUUUUCUCCAACAAUGUCUAG